CUUCUAAGAACACCUACAUCAAACUCGAUGGCAACGAAAGCUGGCGUAGGAGCUUGCGCUCGAUAUGUGUCCUCGCGCGCGGCGAUAGCCUCUCGGCGGCCGUGUCCUACCGCCGCAGCAUCGACUCGACUCCUUCACACGCCCGCAACGCCACUCUACCUAGACUUCCUUGCCCCGUCAUGGCAGACGCCUACGACAUCGAAACAUGGCGGUUACACUCCAGCGCCACAUCGCAUCCAAAGCAGGCCACUCUCAUCGACGAGUCGAAGGGCGGCCACAGCCAUUACGAACCCGCGCAAAGAUUCGUCGGGCAAUGAAAUGAGCAUCACCAUCACCCCGCGCGCCGCGCACCGUCUCCAAACCAUCUCCGAAACCGACCAGAACCCCAACCUCGCCCUUCGAGUCAGCGUGGAAUCCGGUGGAUGUCACGGAUUCCAGUACCUCAUGAGUCUGGUGAGCACGGCGGACAUCGACGCGGAAGAGGACACGGUGUUUGAGAAUGAGGAGGUGGCGAGGAAGACGGGCGGGGAGUACAAGGCGAAGGUGGUGAUGGACGAGCCGAGCCUGGAGCUGUUGACGGGGAGCAACAUUGAUUACACGAUGGAGUUGAUUGGGAGCCAGUUCAAAGUGACGGGUAUACCGGGGGCGACGAGUAGCUGUGGCUGUGGCACGAGCUUUGAUAUUGCCACGUGAAGGUAGCCUUGGAGUACGCACAAAUUGGCGGAGAAGUGUCACAAACCCCGGGGCACCCGCCGAAUGGGGGUCGAGAAGAUGGUGGGUGCGGAUAGAAUCUUCUGUCCUUCAACCCCAUCCAAGUGCUAGCAGACGACUCAAGGCCGAAAUGGGAAGCGCUGAUUGGCUCGAGCCUCCGGUGCACACGUGUGGGGAGACCCUGGCCAUCGCUGGUGGGGCCAACAGAAUCAUCUGGUGGGGCAGUGACGGCAGCGCAGCUCGACGGGGAAGGAGCGAUUGACUUGGUGCAGCAAACGAGAA